GGGCUCCGGCGAGUCCCGCUCGCUCCCCUCGCGCACCCCAGAGUCCCUGCGGCGGCGCCAGGCCGCGGGGAGAGGCCGCCGGGGCUCUCGGUCGCUGCCGCGUUGGCCUCAGGAGCUUCCGGCGCCCCCGUUUGCGAAAACUUAGGCGAAGUGAACGAAGUGUCACGUGAGGCGGCGAACAGGGGCCCGGCCUCCGCGCCCCGGGCUUCACCAGCCUCAGCGCCACAGGGCGGGCGGGCGGGCGGGCAGCCGUCCCUGGGGUGACUGACCGCCGUGAAGAACUGGCGGUGUCUGCGCUAACGUGUGUCCGUGUCCUGUGAAACGGGGGUUGGCGGCUUAGUUCUGCGAGGGCUACGAUCAGCCCUGGUUAGCUUUGGGUCACAAGAGCCAAGACAUGAGCGCAGACUGCUUCAGUUGCCCCGUACUGAAAUAGACCAUGCUUGGGAUCUACCCUGUGGUAAAGACUAGGGGUAGGCGCCCCUCUGGGGAAACACGCAGCCCAGCCUGGAGCAGGCUGCCGAGUCAGACACAGGAACUUGGGAAUCCUGAACACACAGAGUCUCUGGAAUGGAUAAAAUUGAACCAGGGAGCGGAGGGACAUGCGCUAUGGAAGUAACUACAUUGGACUCAGACUUCAGUGAAGUCACUUUUUAUGGUGGUUGUGCUAAACAAUGCUGUGAAUUGGUUCGUGAGAAAUUUAGAAAGCGUUCUUCAAAUAAACAUAAAACAGCAGUUGAUCCCUGUGAAGUGUGGUGCAGUAAGCCAGUUCAUGUACUGAAAGACUAUUGCGAUGUGAUUAAAAUCUACAUCGUUUGGCCGUUUCUGUUUAAAUUUGAGAAUAAACCUGAUUUCAGCAAUUCCUACUUUUGUGAGCUAAGUUUGAAGAGACUCUGGGAUAUUGAGGUUCUGGAAGACAUUGUUGAUUUGGCUAAGAAAGUUGUGAACAAUCCAUUUUUUAUCAGUGGCAUAUUGAGUAUUGGUACUCGAAUAGAAAAUAGAGUUUUUGAUGUUGGGUCUGCCCUUGCCUGGGUGAAAUGUACAGGCGAGUUGAGUGUUCUACAGAAAUUAGAAGAACUUGGAGAUUACUGUUGGCCUCCUUUAGAAACUUUCUUUGCUAAAUAUAAACAUUAUAUAACUAAAGUUGCAUUGGAAGACUGCAAUUUAGUUGAAGAGUUUGAAGCUCAGAGUUGUGAAAACUGUAUAAAGAAAAGUGAAUUUAUGAAAGAGAGAGGAAAUUGUGAGUUUUCCAAAGAGAACCUUGAUUGUGCUAUAAGCUCAUACACUAAAGCCAUAGAAUUUUGUCCUGAAAACCAUCUUCUUUACGGUAACCGGGCUCUCUGUUUUCUUCUCACUAGACAAUACGGGAGAGCUCUUAUUGAUGGAAGAAGGGCCACUGUUUUGAAGCCUAAUUGGCCAAAGGGUCAUUAUCGCUUCUGUGAGGCUCUCUCGAUGCUGGGAGAACAUGAAUGGGCCCUGGAAGCUAAUGAGAGAGCCCAAGAACUCUGCAAGAAUAUUCCUGAGCGAGUUAAGGAUCUUAUUCUGCAAAACACAAAGUUAAGGAAGGAAGUGGAAGAAACUAAAGGUCUGAAAGCGAGUAAACACAGAACAAAGAAAUCAUUUUUUGAGAAAAAAGAAUGUGGUUCUUCACGGUCUGAUUUAUUCACUUCUCAAGAAUCAAAAGAAAUGGACAAAGAAAGGAGGAAAAUACAAGCAGACUCUAAAGACCACAGCUGUCAUCAAAAACACCGUAUCAAGGUGUCUACUGAUGCUAUAAGUGCAAAAAAUAAAGACUGGUCUUCAGUGCUUCCAUCAGGAGAGAAUCACCAAAAUAAAGGAAAACUAAAGAACAAAACCAGUGAUUCUGAAAAGACGAGAGAUCAUCUGAGUUUGAAGAUCGAUUCUAAAAACAUCCAGGAUAAACUCUGUAGUGCUAUCCGACAGGUGGAUUUAACUGUGUUGCCAGAAAUGUUGAAGCCGCUUGUUCAUGAUGGCUGUACAGCCUUGACGGACCAACGUUAUCGCAGUGCUGAACAAUUCUUUUCAGAGUUAUUGAAUAUUUUGGAUCCUUCAAAGUUAAAGCAGCUGAAUCUUGCUGUUAUUGACUAUGUGGUAGUCAUCUAUGGACAUGCCACUGCUCUCCUUGGAAUAGGACAGCCUGAGGAUUUAGCAAAGGCUGAAGACCAAUUUAACAAAAUAAUUGAGCAGUAUCACAAGGAGAGAUUUAAUUGCUUGGCACAUUAUGGAAUUGGAAAAGUAUACCUUAGACAAAACAGAUUUUCAGAUGCUAUACAUCAGUUCAUGAAAUCACAGACAAUGAUUAAUCGUAAAAUUGUACCUGGAAUAUUAACUUGGCCCACAACAUCUGUUGUCAUUGAAGAGACUCGGACUGAGAAAUUACAGUUGAUGUUGGAAAAUUUCAUUGAGGAAUGCAAGUUUCCUCCAGAGCCAGAUGCAGUUUGUUUUUAUCAGCAGUGCCAUGGACAUUCGAAAAUUCAAAUCUAUUUUACUGACCCAGACUUCAAGGGUUUUAUACAGAUUACUUGCUGUCAGCAGUGUAAAGUGGAGUUUCAUAUCAGCUGUUGGAAAAAGCUGAAAACUACAAUUUACAGUGAUAAAAAUGACAAGGAUUUUCUUCAAGAAUCAUGCUUCACUCCUGAUUGUAAAGGCCUCAUUUCAAAAAUUGUUAUCUUCAGUUCUUCUGGUCUCGUGAAAUGUGAGUUUGAACAAAAAAUCCCCAAAAUUAAGGAUCCACCAAGAGCCAGUGUUAAACAGAAAUGUUCAAGUUCUAGGAAGCUAAAAAUAAAAGAAGAAAAAAAAUUGAAGAGAAAGCGUGUAAGAGAAGAAGCACUGAACUCAGCAAAAGAUAGCAUGGAAGAAAAUAAAAGGGAAGAUAAUACAUCUAAGUAUGAUAGUCAUAAAGGUCAUGUUCAGAGGUUCUUAUUUGCUAGUGAUAGAGUCCUGCAGCAUAUUUUGCAGAACGUUGAACAGAUAAAAACUGGUGUACAUGACACUUCAAAACUUCUAAGUGAACUACUAUCUUGGUGGGUAAUAAGUGAGGAGGAUUACAGCAUGUGUUCCACAAGUAGCAGUACCUCACAUGAAGUGAUGGAGCAGCUCAUAAGUCAUUUAAUUCAGAAGAAAAAUAGAGUAAACACAAGAAUUUUUGUCCAUGUGCUGAGUGAGCUUGAAGAAGUGGAUCCCAAAUUACAUGAGUGGAUAAAAGAUCUUAACAGUUUUGGUUUGGAAGCCACAAAGAUCUUUUUCUCUCGUUAUGGAGAUAUUGUUAAAGAGCUUAACCUUAGCUUUAUAACCAUUCGCUGGAAUGAGAAGUAUGGCAGUAAAUUAGGCAAUGUGUUGACCAACUUUGAAGAUAAUGAAAUACUUAAGUGUUUCUAUGAAGCAUCAUUGGAGGAAAUGCGUUGUGUAAUAUGGCUAUUAGAGGAUAAUAGAGAGAAAUUUCCAUCUCUGCAUCAAGCUUUAGACGAAUUCUUUGAUAAAAUGGAUGUUCCUUGCAUUAUAUUAAAGAAGCAGGAAAAUGAAGAUAUCUCCACUAAUGGUAUCAAAGUUAAAAACAAAAAUAGGAAGAAGAAGACAAAAGAAUCAAGGCCUUUUUUAGUACUAUCUGGUGGGGUUGGUGCAGUAACCCGAGAAGAAGACAUUAUAUUUGCAGAAGAAAAUACAUUAAGUUUUAUGAAUCCUGGUGAGCCUUUCAUAAUUCCAGAAUAUCUUCGUGAUCAAGUGGAAGAAUUUGAAGCUCUGUAUGACAAUGUUUCAGACACACAUGAUUAUCAGAGACUUUUGGAUAAUAACCCAGACCCAACAUGUGAAAAUUUAUAUGACUAUUUCGCUCAGAUCUUGGAGGAACAUGGUCCAAUGGAAAUUAAUGAUAAAUUGUUAGUUGGAGAAUAUGAACAUUUCCCUGCAGAAGCUCGUAAGAUUGUGGAAGAUGCAGGUGGUCUGAAACCUUUCCUUCUGGAAUCCCUUCAUUUUGUUAUGAUGGAUAAUCUGAUUGGUUUGAUGAAACAUGCAAUUCUGCUUAAGGAAAAUACUGAGACUGAAGAAGAUACUAGAAAUGAAGAGGAAAAUCACAUAACCUGUCAAAAUAGUCAUGAAAAUUCCAGGAGCAAACUACAGUUAAACCCAGCUGCUAAGGAAUUCAAACCAGUGUCUUAUAUUAAACCUUAUAUGCCAAUUUCUACUAAUAUUACAGUAGCAAACUGUGAAACUCCAGAUUAUUCAGUCACGGAAUAUUCCUCACAUAUUUCAGUGCAUUCUCUCUCUAGUCAGAGUAUUGAUACAAUAGAAGGACCACUAUCUUUUUCAAAUGCAUUGCUGCAUUCCUCUAUUUCUGAUAAUCAUGAUAUACCUCUGACUAAGGUUUCUUCGGGUUAUGAAAAUGAAAGAACGUUCUCAAUGAUUUCUCAAAUACCUCCUAUUCCAGAUGUUGCUGGGCAACCUAGUUAUAUAUAUGCUGAUUAUGAAGCUCCUCUUGAUAUUGAUAAAAUAGCAAUAUUAGACAGAGAGUACAUAUCUGGCAAUCAUAUACCAAGUCAAAUAGAAACAUACCUGGACGCUCAGUAUGAAUUGGUGAAGUCAGACUACAGCUCUUAUGAAGAUAAUCUUGACCAGGGUGUGAGCAGUAUUAAGGAAGUUAAAUAUGAUCUAUCUGCUGUUAAGAUGGAAUUUGAGAAUAAAAAUACACCUGUAGUGAAAAGCAUUCCACUUACAAGGAUGAUAGCUAUUCAGGUAAAUCAGGAAUUAGCAGACAGGGACAUUAAUACCAUGCCUUUUUAUCCAUUUGAAACUCAACAAGGAGAUAUUUUACGUAUGGAAAAAGAGCAUCAGGUAUUACAAGAGCAACUUAAGGAAGCAAAGGAAAAAUAUGAACAGUUACAGUGCCGAAGCUCAGAAGAGACGAGUGUUUUAGAAGAGCAGUUAAAAAAAAGAGUUGAAGAAAAUAAGAUUACACAAAGAGAGCUGGAUUGGUUUCACCAAGAUUUAGAAAUGGAAGUUAAGAAAUGGCAACAAGAAAAAAAAGAAAGCCAAGAGAAAUUAAAAGCAACAAAGAAUACAUCCAAAAAACUUGCAGAUACCAAUGAGAUGUACUUGAGGAACAUUGAUGAGAAGGACAAGCAAUAUACAGUGUAUUUGGAUAAAUUCCUGGAGAUCAGUAAUAAAUUUGCCAAUGAAAAAGUACAACUGGAGGAGCUAAUAAAAAAGAGCAAAGAUAAUUACCAGGAGUGUAUUAAAAGAGCUGUUGCAGCAGAGGUGUCAGUACUUGAAAACUGGAAGAACACUGAAGUAUGCAAAUUACGCAGCAUAGCUGCAAAUGCAGAAGCAAAUAUUAAAUUCUUAAAGUUAGUGAGCAGUGGUCCCACUUCAGUGUUACCUCAGUUGAAGUCACAGAUUGAUUCUUGGGAAACAUUUAUUUCAAAUAUCAAGAAAGAAAUGGAAAAAGUAGAAUCUCAGUAUGAAGAGAGAAUUCACUUAGUGAAAAAUGGUGCACAGCUAAAUGAUCUAUCUAAAGUGAAAGCUGCUGAUCUUCAGUCUCCUCCUAGCAUCUCAGUAAUACAAGGCAGUCCUCUUAUUAAUGAUCCAGCCAUCAUAAUGUAUUCAUCUGCACUUGCAUGUCCCACUUUACUUCCUGCAUUUUCAAGCUCCAAAGAUCAAAGUCCGGUGCAUUCCACAUUUAAUGUGCAAACUGGAAAUAAAACGGCAUGUAAAAGUCCUAAUCCUUGUUCUGCAAAGAAUGGAUCAGUGGAAAUAUCCUCUGAAACUUUAGGAGCAUCAUACUCUGAUCAAGUCCGAGUAGCGCAGCCAUCAGGGAUUUCUGGAAGUACUGCUCAGAACAUACAGCUGAACCAAAGACAGCUAAAUGAUCCAGCAUCAGCUACGCAGUUGGGAGCUGUUAGAGUGCCAAACAAGAAGGCACUUUCAAAAGCACUUGAUAAUAUCAUAGAGCGUCUAACGGCUAUAUUUCCACACUAUACAAGCUUUGAUCUUACUAACUUCAUAAAAGAAGCACAAAUUAAAAAUGGAAACAAACUUUCAGGAUUGAGCUCAGAUGAAAUCCUUACCCAAGUGACAGAACUCAUUCUGGACCAUCAGAAUAAGAAAAAGGCUCCGACCUCAGCAAAGAGAACUGAAAACCCAGCAUCCUGUGCUGUAACUCAGACUCUGAAAGUAGCCAAGUCUGCUGUGGGAAAUGUGUCUAGCCUAUCCAAGGCAAGGCCUUCCUAUAAAACUGCUGCAAACAAAACAACUCAACCAUCACAGCCAACCCACCAGCCGUGGAGACUUGUUGGAGGACCAUCACGAUCAAAAUGGAUAAAAUCAAAUGAUUCUACUACAUCUGAUGAUGAUCCCUGCAUAAUAUGCCAUGAGGAGCUAAGCCAGGAAGAUGUGUGUGUGCUAGAAUGUGGACACAGUUUUCACAGAUGGUGUAUUGGAACCUGGCUUAAAACACAAAGUACAUGCCCAACAUGUCGAGUUCAUGCUCUAUUACCUGAAGAUUUCCCUAAACUUCCUGGACGAAACCGACAUGCUUAAAUCUUGCCUUAUUAAUAUUAGGAUUAGCAAGAAGAUGCAAUUCAUAUUAGUAGCUGCAAAUAAAUAAUCUUGGUAACAAAUGUAUAUGUGUAAUGUGCUGCCUAGAAACAUAAGCGAAAACCUGGCUCUGUUGAAGUCAAUGAAGCCAGAAUUUCACUGAGUGUUCUAGGUCAUGAGAAAUAAAUACUAUCAUUUUUAUGCCAGUUAAAAUGUAGAAGAAAAAAAUCAAACCAGUUAUUUAAUACUGAAAAUGCUGGCUUUUCCCCUGAUUACUGGCCAAAUGGAUGUGUAUAUUAACACACCAUAGGCUAUCUUGAAGAGGAUUUUAUGUCGCUUUCUUUUAUGUAAUUAUCCGGUUCAUAUAUUUAAACUGAACAGAAUGUGUAAGUGUAUCAGGGUAAAACAUGGGGUAUUUAUUUUAAAGGGAUACCUAAGCCACGUAGGCCACCAAAUACACCUUCUUCCAGGGAAGGCCUAUGUGCUUCAUCCCUGGAAGAUAACGAGUGAGCUCUCUUGGGAAUUCAAGCCAAAAGUUAUAUAGUUACAUAAACAGCUAGUAAGGAACAUAAUUUUUGGGACCUAAAUACUGUCCC